CAUCGAACCACUCUCGGCACUUCCAUCUUUUGACUCGUACCAAUUCAUAUUCACCCACAUCUCCUCUCCUACCACCUACUCUCUGGAUCGUCCUCCCGAAGUCAACAUUCGAAAUGGCAAUCAAACCUAUCACCGGCAUGCUCCGAAGGGGCCUUGUUACUGAUCUCAGCAUCGGGCUUGGACUCGGAGUGACUUUUGCUAGCUUAUACUGGCACGGAUUCCACAUGCCGCGCACCCACGCGCGAGACAACUUCUACAAGAAACUCGAGGAGGAACGGGCCGCGCGAGCUGCUUAAGGGAAUGGCGAAGGAAUACCUAGGCGAAGAGAAAGGCAUGCACAUACCAAAGAGAGAGAACAUCAGACACUAGACGAGAUCGGCAUUUUUUCUAUCGAGUUUGAGGCUGGGGAAUACUACAGACGAUAGUUGCGCUUCAAGAGUUGGGACGGUCGACUGUAUUAUACGAACGAGAUCCGCCCGCCGAAUUCAAACUUCCAAGAGUAUUCUUAUAUGAAUUGAUGCGUCGGACGUGACUAGUUCGUGUGAGAGUAUAUUCGGCAUUAGUAGUUGGGUACUUAGGAUAUACGUUCGCCAAACCGAAAUGAAGUAGGCUUGUGGUACAUAUAGUGUCUGGCGUAGUUGUAACCGAGGUUAGAAAGGUAGGGAAAUCUUGAGGUGAUUACGAGGAAUGACUAGAAUAUAGAAGAACAAGAUCAUUGGAAGUAGCAUUUAUAUUAGGCAUAUUAUAAAAAUGGCAA